GAGGCGGCACAGAUUCUACUAUCGCAUCUGGUGCUGAUGACGAUUGACUGUUGUUAUCUGAUGGACAGUGAGUGCACACCUGACAGAGCAGCACAGAGCUUACCCUUACAACGCGACAACAGCAGUAUCAGUGCAUCAUCAUUCCCUAAUUGCACCACUACCAGCACUACCCCCACCCGCACAACCUCGCCUGUUCACAACGGUAUCGACACGUGUAAGUAG